GACCGGGGCUGGGGUCGCGUUGGGACUGGAUUCCAGACUGCCGCCAAGGAAGAGCAAAUGCAGUUUGCUCGCCCCGCCGAGGGCUCCCUGCUUGUUCGGUUUUUUCUUUAAGGGGGAGGAGAGCGAAAGGAAGGGGCAAUGGACAGAAUAUCGACUGGACGUCAACUGGAGCCUCUCUGAUGUGGGGAGCAUUGUAGCCUAUUUUCCUCCUUCCAUUGCUUCUUUAGGUUGAGUUCGUUUCUGGAAGCUCCUCUCCCUUUAAUUGACAGUGGGUUUAGCUGUAUUUGGCUGAAUUGAUUGCAGUGGGGCUAGUUUGACCCACUCCAGGUGGUUUCUUUUCCUUUUUUUUUUUUUUUUUUUUUUUUGAGGACGCGGCUCCAUCCCUUCUCAGGAUGGAGGUUUUGAAGUCUUGUGUACUUAGGAGAAGUGCAUGUGCCGCCGUCGCCGCCUGCUACUGGAGAAGCAAAGUUAUCCCAAAGAGGCCAUUUAGAGAGAUUAGUACUACGCCUGCGAGAGGCACUGUUAUGCCCGCUUGGGUGAUAGAUAAAUAUGGAAAGAAUGACGUUCUUCGGUUCACACAGGACAUGAUGUUACCUAUCAUACACUAUCCAAACGAAGUCAUUAUCAAAGUCCAUGCUGCCAGUGUAAAUCCUAUAGAUGUUAAUAUGAGAAGUGGUUAUGGAGCGACGGCCUUAAAUAUGAAGCGUGAUCCUUUGCAUAUAAGAACCACAGGAGAAGAGUUUCCUCUGACUCUGGGUCGGGAUGUGUCUGGCGUGGUGAUGGAGUGUGGGCUUGACGUAAAGUAUUUCCAGCCUGGAGAUGAGGUCUGGGCUGCAGUUCCUCCUUGGAAACAAGGCACUUUGUCAGAAUUUGUCGUGGUCAGUGGGAAUGAGGUCUCGCACAAGCCCAAAUCGCUCACUCAUACUCAGGCUGCCUCUUUGCCGUAUGUGGCUCUCACAGCCUGGUCUGCCAUAAACAAGGUUGGUGGCCUGAAUGCCAAGAAUUGCAUGGGAAAACGCGCUUUAAUCUUGGGUGCAUCAGGUGGAGUUGGUACUUUUGCGAUACAGAUAAUGAAAGCAUGGGGUGCUCAUGUGACAGCAGUUUGUUCUCAAGAUGCCAGUGAACUUGUAAGGAGGCUCGGAGCAGACGAGGUCGUUGAUUACACACUGGGAAGCGUGGAAGAGCAGUUGAAAUCUUUAAAACUGUUUGACUUUAUCCUUGAUAAUGUUGGCGGAUCUACUGAAACAUGGGCUCUAAAUUUUCUCAAGAAGUGGUCAGGAGCCACCUAUGUGACGCUGGUGACUCCUUUUCUCCUGAACAUGGACCAACUGGGCAUUGCUGAUGGCAUGUUGCAGACAGGAGUCACCAUGGGUACCAAGACCUUGAAGCAUUUCUGGCAAGGAGUUCAUUACCGCUGGGCCUUCUUCAUGGCCAGUGGUCCAUAUCUAGAUGAAAUUGCAGAACUGGUGGACGCGGGAAAGAUUCGGCCAGUUAUUGAACAAACCUUCCCCUUUUCUGAAGUCCCAGAAGCCUUCCUGAAGGUGGAAAGAGGCCACGCCCGGGGAAAGACUGUGGUUAACGUUAUUUAAAUAAACAUGUGCUUGCCAGGGCUGCUGUCUCCUCACUGAGUGCCUGUGAUCCAGACAUCUAGCCCCCGAUAGAUAUUUUCCAAGUUAGAUUUUAAGUUUCAUGAUAUGUUUCUAACCCUAAUAUGGGCCGGUGAGACAGCUCAGCAGGUACAGGUGCUGGCAGUGCAAUUGGAGCUCCCUGAGCUCACUCCCUGGGACCCACAUGAAGGGGGGAGGAGAGGAAAGAACUAGCUCCACACAAUUGCUUUCUGACCCCCUCCCCACUCCACGCAUGUACCUCUGCAAUGAUAAUGAAAAUAAAUGUUUGUUUUUCUGUUG